UAUCCACCAGAGCGUGAAAUGGGAGGAUCCCCCGGAUGACCAAAAUAAGGUUGUGGGGAAUAUGAAGGAUGAAACAGAGACACAUGAGACCAACAAGAACAGGACAGGAGGCAAGGUAAGACAUAUGCUGUCCUUUACACAUGUUCUGCCUACUUAGGCAUCACUAAAUCCUAGCCUUAAAGCAUUAGGAGGAGACGCUACACUGACCUUAGAUCUGCUAUGAGACCUAUAAUCUGUUGUCAUGUAGGCUAAACGAAAGUCCAGUGGCCGUGCCAAGAAGACUUCCAUGGAGGAGGACAGCAGCAUUGGUGCAGAGUCUUCUCAGACACCCGGGUGUGGUUUCCGGGAAAGGGAAUCUAUCAUUGAGCAGCUGGAGAAGGAGGCUCAGAGGACUCUAAUGCCUUCUCUCAAGAUUGAGACAUGCUGUGCCCCAAUCCUCCUCUCCUUCCUGAGGAGUCUAACUGAUGACCAAUGGAGAGUGAUUCAGCAUGGCAUGAAAAAUAACCUCACAUUCGAGCAGCUCUCCAUGCUGUGUCUGAAGAUUGUUAAAGUCGUGACCCAGACAGCCCUCCGCAUUCUCCUACCAGCGCUAGCUCGUAUCAUGGGGGUGAACCUGAGGAGUGGGGCAACCUCCCCAGAAUCCCAGUGCUCUCUGACAGGGUCUGAGGAUUCCUUAUGCAGUCUGGAUGAGAGAGAGAAAAUGCUGCUGACCAGUGAGAUGAACUACUGGACUAAGGAGAGGAGGAGGAAUGGCAGUGCAGGGUGCCGCCAUAAAUCCACUCGCAGAACCUCAUCACCAUGCUGUUCGCCUAAGAGGUCCCAGACCUCAUUGCAGAGCUUGCCUGCAACUAGAGAGGCUCCCCUCAUGGAGGAGCCUCUGAAGGCUCUUUUUGGGGUAACGGAAGAGAGCCUCCUGAUAUCCCUGGUUGAGGGUCACUCCAACCCCAGCUCCUCCGAGUUGAGCUGUGCUAUCGUGGGAGAGGUAGUACACCAGCUUAACUCUGGCCUCUCAGUGGCCAUUCAGGCCAGCUCGGGGAGUUGCCCCCCUAUGGACAGUCAGGACAUAGCAGCAGGCAAGGAGGUCAUUCGGGUAGUCUCGGUGCAGAUCCUGGCCGAGCUACAGAGCCAAACGUCUGAGCCAGAGUGGGUAGGGUUUAUCGAGCCCCUCAUGGACCCUGUGACCGAUGAUGUGCUGGAUGCCAUUUUCGGCACAAUGGACAAAAUGGCACAGGACUUCAACAUCCUAUUGGAUCUGGCCAAGAAGAUGACAAUCUUGGGGUCUAAAUUUCUGACCAAUCUUCAAUGUGACCUUGAUGUUGAGUGUCCAUCUGGGAAAGAAGGGACCACUCACUUUCUCAAAGAGACUGGAUCCUCUACCAGUGUGGUGGCCAGAAAGAUUCAGACCCUCUCUAGCCCCGACUUUCAGUCUAAAGCCCUGAAGGCGGUGAGCACCAUCCUUACAAGGAAAGUCAGCAGCUCUUCUGGCAUGGCUCCUUCCUCUAGGCCUUCUAGUGCUGCUCCUAGCCUUACUGAAGCUCCCCUGAAUACCAGCUGCAUAGCCCUGACACCUGUAACCUCCACUGCCACAGUGAUUGUUAAGGCAUUUGUGGGAGGCAUGGAGACGAUAGCAUCAUUUGAAGGCACAUGUGAAGCAGUUGAUUGGCCAGUUCCUGUAAAUGACCACAAAACAGGAUCUUCACAGAUGAUAACCUUCUCUCUAGCCCGCACACUCUACGGCCGUAUACGAGCAAAGCUGAGGGACCUUUUAACUCUAUCCGCUCGAGAAGAAGGUGUGGCUAAGGAUGCUUCUCUUCAGGAGUCUUCAGACACCCUGGAAAAGGCAACUGUUUCAACUGUUGAGGUCCAGUUACCCAGCACCGAACUUAGUAGAGUUCCCAGUGAGAGCCAACCAAUACCAGCUCUCUGUCUCUCCAAUCUGGAUACCAGUACUCAAGAAGUUCUUAGCAGUGUUUUUUCCAUCUACAAGUCAGAGUUAUCAAAAGUGGAGAGUAAAUCCUUGGCCAUUGUCAGUUCAUCUGAUGAGUCCCUAGAGGCUUGUUGGUUUGUUGAUAGUGUCCUAUCAAAGCUCGAUGACUAUACUAUUUCCCAGUCACCCUCACCCAAUGAAGACUUGAGCGUGAGUACUCAAUAUUCUCAACUGAGCUCAGAAGAGAGUGUCAGAAUCACAGAGUCCUCUACUACUCUGAUUCAGAGCAUUAAGAAGCUCUCUAGCAAUGACUUCCAGACUCAGGCAGAAGAGGCAGUGAGUAAAGUGCUGAUGAGAUCCAGUCAUUCCUUUAUCACACAGAUCAGCCAUACUGGUCUUCAGAAAAGUCUGCAGGCUGGCUUAUCAUCUAGCUCACCAUCAGAGAUCCAUGUCCUUUCAGAAUCCAUGUCCUCCAUGUCCUCUGAGAAUACAGCCUCUGGAUUAGUGGAAACCUUUGUCAAAGGAAUGGCGACUAUUUUCCAGAAAAAUGAGUCCACUGGCACUGUGCUACUGGAAAGAAGUGGGAGAGUUUCGCAGUGCUCCCACGGGGGCUCCCAACUGGAUGAUACUGAAUUGAGUGUUAAAAUAUCAGAGGAGAAGCUUUGGUCAACAGCUAAGACCAUCUGCGUCAGUAUGAAGAACACACUUAAGGAUUUCUUCACAGGGCUGAAGCCACCCGGAUCCGAAAGGACAGAAAAUGCUUCUUCCAAAGAGACCCUUGGGGAAAUCCUGGUUGCUAUCCAGAGUGAAAUCUCAAACUUAGGGCGAAUGAAGGAUUCCAGGGAGCUCCUUCAGAUCAAUGAUAUGGUAGGAACUAUGCUGAAGGAGGUUGAGAAAAGUGAGGAUGACAGUGAACAAGUCUGCCAAGACAUCCCUAGAACCUGUUCAUCUUUGUCCACUUCUUUAAAUGGUCGUAGUUCCUUGUCCAGCUCUUCAAAGAGUCCUAGGUCAGAGUGUGAGUUAGAGAUCAACCUCCCUGGCACUCCCAUCCCUGACGAAGUGCCUUUUGAUCUGACCUGCCCCAUCGUCAGGAGCUCCUGCAUCGACACCAGGGUCUCUAAAAUGCCAGAGAUUUCUUCAAGUGACCUAAAGACACACACAGAUGAACCCCUGCAUCGUAACAGUCCAAUGACUGACAGCAGUCGACCACCGAGUGCUAAAGCCUCUUUUCGAUCCUCCACUCCGUCUUUCACCAGCAAGGGAACCUCUUUGGUACCAAAGGGAGAUGGGAUUGACAUUGAAGAGAAGGAGGAGUGUAUCCCCAGCAGCUCUGGCCAUCUGAGGGAGCUCUUAAUCACCCCGGACAUCAGCAGUGCCACUGCAUUCCCACUGCAGUACUUGAUGGACUCCAGCAAAGAUGAUGGCAUCUGUUUUGUCACCAUACUGGUGAUAAGGUUGCUAUCGGAGAUCAGACCCUCAGCCCUAGAUGGACCCUCCCAACAGGUAGCAGAUCUGACAGAAACAUCCCAGCAACUCAUCAGACAAGUCCUGUCUGAGUUCUGUGCUGCAUCUAGAUUCUCCAGGACACAGGCAUAUUCCCAGAACCUGAACAUCCAAAGGGUGUUCAGAGGUGUACAUAAAAACCUCAUGGAGGAGUUUGGCUCUUAUAACACCCUGCAAGCAGCUAUUUCCUCCCAGGACCCUGCAUUUGACAGAGUCCUGGUAAAGUCCUUGACCCAGCAGCUGGUACAGGGAUGCAAGGAGGCGUCAAGACCAGCUUCUGCUGCAACAAACCCAUCAGACCAGGCUGAGACAGAGAGGGGGGCUGAGCAGAAAGCAAGAAGGAGCUUCCUUUGCUUUUCAAUGACCAAACUCAGGAUCAACUUCAAGGUAUAGCAGGGAGUUAGCAUUUGUUUUUGGUUCCAGUUAGGUGCUGAUGUUAUUGAUAUGAUAAGACAAAUACAUGAGAUAAAUAUGUUUUAUUAAUCACUAAAUUGUUGCCUUGGAUUCAGAAGUGUUCCAUUUAUUUAUUUAUUCUCUGUACCAUUUUCU